AAAAAUUGUUUUACUGCGAGAAGGACGUGCGUCGUCGUCAUAACCGUCGUGCCGGUAGAUACGAUGAUCACGUGUAAGUUGUCUUCAACUUUCAACAUCACAGUAUAUUUGAUUUUUAAAAACCUACAUUUUACUUUGUUUUAAAUGUAAAAGAUAUAAUUCUAUUAUGCGGUUAAUAAAUAAUAGUAAACAUUUGAAAUAAAUAAUUUAUUAACAUGGAAUGUGCAAAAUUAUUAUGGUUAAUUUUUGUUUCAUCAAGUUUUACUGUUGCCAACAACCAGGAGAAAAAGGUCGCAGUAAAUCAGAAAAGAUCUGCAAUUAUUGCUGUAUAUGAAAACAAAAGAACAUCAAAUAUAUAUUUCAAUUCAACAUUAAAAUCAAGUAAUGAAAAUGAUCUUGGAGAAUGGUCUCAAUGGUCUUCUUGGACUCCAUGUUCUACAUCUUGUGGUUUAGGAGUUACGAAACAAACAAGGCAUUGUUUAAAGAAGCCUGUCAAUGUGAAAAGGAAUGCUGUCUUUAAAAGACAGCGACUAAAAGAAUCACCAGAAGAGAAUGCCAAGUGUCGAAUUCAAUCAGAAGAGAUUCGGUAUCACGUUUGCAACAAACAGCCAUGCCCAAUUACAAUUGAUUUUCGAGAAGCACAAUGUACCUCAUUCAAUGAAAAAUUAUUCAAUGGACAAAAGUAUACAUGGACAACCUAUCAUCAUUCAACAAAUCAAUGUUCAUUAAACUGUCAAGCUAUUGGCUAUCGUUUUUAUGCUGUUCUAAAACCUAAUGUGAUUGAUGGUACACCUUGCAAUGGAACUAAUGAUACUAGUUUACACAUUUGUGUAGAAGGUCAAUGUAAAGUUGUUGGUUGCGAUGGAUCAAUUGGUGGACAUAAAAAAUUUGAUGGAUGUGGUGUGUGCGGAGGCGACAACAGCACGUGUCGAUUGAUAUCUGGAAUUUUUACCAAACUUGAUAUGCCUGGCGGCUAUAAUUUUAUUACUCGUUUACCUAAAUCAGCUUGUAAUAUAACCAUUCAUGAAUUAAAACCAUCAGCAAAUAGUAUAGCUUUGAAACAUGCAAUUGGAUCUUAUAUAUUAAAUGGGAACUGGUCAAAUAGUUGGCCCGGAGAUUAUGAAGGAGCGGGUACUGUGUUUACUUAUAGGAAAGAAAAUGAAAACUUUGGCGAGACUGUAUUUGCACCAGGUCCUUUAAUGGAAUCUGUAGAUUUAAUACUGAUAUCUAGGUACAUAAAUCCUGGGAUUAAAUAUGAGUAUAAAUUACCAUUGGACGUUCCCGUUGAACAAUCUAUCGCGCAUCCUUUAAUAAGACAUCAUUCGCAUACAUCUUCUCGUUUAAGUAAUCGUGUGAUAUCUGACGAGGAAAACUAUGUUCAAGAAAAGACUCCAACCGAAAAUGAAGAAACUAAAAUAAAUGUUUAUAAAUCAUAUGAUAGUAUUCCGGAGUAUCAAGGGUUUAUUGGAGAUGAAGCUGCAAAGCCACAUUUAAAAAAUAGAAAAAAAAAAUUCAAUUGGAAGCUUACUGGUUAUAGUGAAUGUUCUAAAUCGUGUGGAGGUGGUUUCCAAACAUCUACAAUGGUUUGCAUAAAAGAGCACAACCAACAACAACAAAUCGUUCCUGACAAAAGAUGUCAUAGUCUAGAAAAACCACAACUACAAGUACUCAGAUGUAACAUGAAGCCUUGCGAUGCGCAGUGGUCAAUUACUGAUUGGAGUCCUUGUUCAGUCAGUUGUGGGUUAGGCGUACAAACAAGAGAAAUUGUUUGUAAGCAGCAAAUAAGCUCUACUUUAGUUAUGAGUGUAGCUGAAACCAUUUGUUCUACACCUAUUCCAACAAACGUUAUUUUGUCAAAAGCAUGUCAAAAACCAUCUUGUGAAGUAUCUCAUGUAGAUGGCACACCAUAUUGGAAUACAAGUCCAUGGUCAAAAUGUUCUGUUGCGUGCGGAAUGGGUAUUAAAUCAAGAUCUGUAAGAUGUACAUCUGAAGAUGAAACAAAGUGCAAGCAUAAUGAAAAACCUGCACAUCAAGCCACUUGUGAUAUGGGCCCAUGCGCCUUAGCUUUAACUAAUGCUGUUGGUUCUUGGAUUAUAUCUGAAUGGUCUCAGUGUUCAGAAACAUGUGGUACAGGUACACAGUCGAGAAAAGUAUAUUGUUCUUUAGGGAUUGAUAGAGAUAGUUCAUGCGAUCAGUCUUCUAAACCAGAAGAAACAAGAGCAUGUUUGAGUGAUAAAGAUUGCAGUGGUGUGUGGUUUACAGGUCCAUGGUCUCAGUGUUCAGAAAAAUGUGGUUGGGGUAAUCAAACGAGAUCUACAGUUUGUAUGUCAUAUAAUCAGAAAGAAUGGAAAAUUGUUUCUGAUAAUCAAUGUAACUAUAAAGAAAAGCCAUCGUUUUCUUUGUCAUGCUUUACAGAAAAUUGUGGGUCUAUGUGGUUCACAUCUGAUUGGUUGCCAUGUUCAAGAACUUGUGACUUGGGUGUUCAGAAAAGAGAUGUAAAAUGUCUUAACGAAAUGCUAAAACUUUCAAUAGAUUGUGAAGAAACAAAUAAACCACUAGCAAGACGUUCCUGUAAUUUGAAUUCAUGUAACAGCAGUAACUCGGUACAUAAUAUCUAUGAUGAAAGUCGCAUUGAACGAGAUAAUAAACCUUUAAAUAUAAGCACGCCACCGUCAAAUCUUGAAGUUGAUUCCAAGUGUGUUGACAUGCAAAUGAAAAACUGUAAUUUCGUCGCGCAAGCCAGGUUAUGCUCCUACAAAUAUUACAAAGUUUCUUGCUGCAACUCGUGCCGUAAUAAAAGUUAAGACUAGUUUUUAGAUUUUAAGAGUUAGAUUAAAUAAUUCUUUAUCUAUUUAAUUUUAAAUUUGUUUAGAUUAGAAUAUAGAUGAUAAAUUAAUCAUUUUAACCACCAUGUAAAAUAAUAACAUGACUCGAAUGUUUAUACAUUGUAUUAUUAUUUUAAAUAACUUUAUUGCAUUAUUAUAAGAAUAAUUAUAAUUAUUAUUGUGAUAAAUUGUUUUUAGUUAUUGCUUAAAUAUCAUGUUACUCACUAAGGUAAAACUG